AGCUGCACCAACGGCCAGAGACAGUUUGCAAGAUGGCAUCUUCGGCAACUGCAACUACCACAAAAAAAGACGACUUCCAGGAUAUGGAGACCCUUUACCAAAACUACUACAGCAUCAUGGAACUUUGCCCCAAAUACGUUGGGAAAAUUCUCUCUCUCGAAUGUGGAGACAAAAAUCCCUCAGAAACUUAUAAAAAAUAUUUGGAGAGACUUCAGAGAAAACCUUUCAGUCAAACAGAAUGGAAAAAAAUGAGCGGAAACAAAUCCAUGGCAAGCUCAUUUGAAACAGACACCACUUCUGAUGGCAUGGAUAUGACUACGCUGUUCAAACUCUUCCAGAUGAUUUUCGAAGUAAAGAAAAAUGAUUCGAGGUUUACGAGGGACCCGGCGGAAUUCAUGGACAAGUUAAAAGCUGUCAAGGACGUUAGAAAUGAUAUGAUGCACAACGAAAAAUCGAUGAAGGAACCUAAGAAAAUUGAUGAGAUGGAAAAAAAUAUGAAGGAGUUGAUUCAAAAGAGUGGAGAGUUUUAUAAACUUCCUGAUAGUGAAACAAAAUUAAUUGAAAAUGAUCUGCAGGUCGAGAUAAAAAGUGGGCCGACUUCAGCCGGGAAGAAGCUGGCUUACCACAUUCACCGUUUACUAGUCGAGGGGAAAGAAUGUGCAAGGCUUCGUUUCCAGGACCUCGUCGAGGAAGAUCUCCCUUUCGACGCCGGCUGCGUGGACCGGUCAGAUGUGUUUCAUGCACCUGAAAUGACACUACAAGACGAGGAAACUAACACUUUCAAGUACCAAUGUGUUUUCGAUGCAAGUGAUAAAAUCGUAAUUGUUCUAGGUGACGUAGGAGCUGGUAAGACGACCUUACUCAAGAACAUAAUCUUGCAGUUCAUUGAGUUGCCGAAAUCCAAAUCACAUUUUCUGGAAGAUUUUGACAUUCUUGUUCACAUCGAGUGCCGGGAUAGGACUUCAAAAACAUUACAUGAAGUCUUUGUGGGACUUUUUGGUCGAGUAUGCAUGGACCUUGGAGAAAAAGGAACCCUCCAAGCGCUGUCACGUCUCCGUGUGCUGUUCCUGGUCGACGCAUUCGAUGAGCACAACGAGGAGUCCAUUGCAGUUCUGCGUGAGCUGUUAAAGAAAACCUGGGACCCUAAUUCCCGCAUUCUCAUCACCAGCCGUCCUACCGCUGUCGGAAAAUUGAACCAAUUACUUGCCAAAAAUAAUUGUCAUUACUCAUUUUACGUGAUUUCGCCUCUCACUCAGUUAGAUGAGCAGGUAAAGUUCAUCAAAAAGUAUGAACAAAGACUAAGCACAGUCCCUGCGGCAGCUGGAGCGAUGUCCGAACGAUUCUCCAGGCUGGACCCACACAUCAGAGCGCUUUUCGUCACACCAAUGACUCUGCUGCACUACUGCGCUAUAUACCUGCGCUCUCCACAAACUAUAAAUAAUUGGAAAAGUGCAAGCGACGUGUCAGGAGACACAUUGAAUCUGUAUAAGAUCAUCUUUGAAGAGAAGCUUAGCGACUAUGAUGUCCCCGAUAUUGACGUUCUUAUUCACAAGCUGUUUGUGAUUAUUGGCAAGUUCGCUGUGGAGUUUCUUGCGAGCGACAAGAUCAGCUUCUAUGAAGACGAGUUCCUGCCAGUGAAAGAAUCAUGUCACUCAGAAAUAACAUCCCACUGUGGCCACAAGGGCCUAAAGUCCGACGUGCUGCUCUCCGUCAUGUUCAGUACCAAGAAAUCGCUGUCGUGUAGCGAUAAAACGACCUACUCCUUCGGACAUAAGAGCAUCCAGGAACGGGCAGCAGCAACUUACGUUAAAAAGUGCAUGAUGAGUACCAACGAACCUCUCCGGGUUAUUUUGGGCUUACCGCCCGUAGUAAACCCAUGGUACACAUCAAUCAGGCGACGGCUCUUCUCUGUCUUUCGAACAAAACAGCGACCAUUGGAUGACUCCUCGGGCAGCGAUGGAACCGAACCAGGGUCUGUCGAGCGGUGCCUCCCCGAACGCUUCCUGGAAGUGCUGCAGUACGUCCUGCAGGACCUGAGCAGCAGCAGCCCCCGGCAGUUCCAGAAGCGCUGGCCCCAACUGAGGGACGCCCUCACUGCCGCCGGCGUCACCAGGGGCGGCGACUGGCAGGCGGUGCUGCUGAGGAGCCCUGAAGUCACCGCGCUGGCGAAGCACGCGGCCGAGGUCACGAUCAAAGAGACUGACGUGUGGCCUCGAGUCAUCAACAUCGUGAUGCCAGCUGCGGUGCUGCGCACUGCAGGCACCAGCUGGUCUGACCUGGCGCGGCGUUACAAGGGACAACUGAAGCUGGACAUCAGACCAGCAGGAGUGAUGGCAAGCCCCGAGCCCUGCGACGACCUGCUGGAGUGCCUCAAGGGCUCCAGGUGUCAGCUCACUGAGCUGCAGUGCGGCAUCAGCAGCGCAGCUGGGGUGGACGCUGUAGCGGCCGUGUCUACGGCCACAACUGCGCUGCACAUCGCACUCCCCGCCCCCCUCAGCCUGCACGCCCUGCACGGCAAAUAUAAGAGCCUAGUCGUGAACAUUUGGCCGCUGGAUGCCGCCUGGUGCCAGGAGGGGCACGACGCUGGAGUCGAGAGCCCGCCCAGCCCCCGAGCUGACGUGCGUCUGCCAGCCCUGCCACCGCCGCACCUGGUGGUGUGGGGCGCCGGGCCCGGCAGCUGCGAGGCCACCGCCCGGGCCAUCAACAAAGUCGCCCCACACACCAAAAGACUGGAGAGCAUAUGGCUGUUCCGCUCCGAGAUGGGAGAGGAUGAGCUGCGGCAACUGCUGGAGGAACUGCAGCGAGAAGGCGUCCGGAGUGGCGCUGCCGGCAACACGCGAUACACAAGAGAUCCCCGCGGCUUGGUUGAGCUUCACGUGACGGACGUCCUCCGUGACCCCGACGGGAGUGUGAAGGCCGUAGGCCAAGUCCUCACGCAACUGCAGUCCAUCAACGCUGAGGACUUCGAGGCGCAGUGGACUGAAGUGCAGCGCAUCAUGCAGGAAGCGGGCGCCUCAGCGCAGGACUGGCGGGAGGCGCUGCUGUGCCGCCCCCACGAGGCGAGGCUCGCCAUCACAGCCGCGCAGACGACCAGGGCGGAGGACGGGCAGUUCACAAUAACGUGCGGUGAGAUGCGCGCUUGUUUGUGCAAUUAA